GCUGCAAAGCAUUCGAAGUGUGCGGAAGCGCUUGGACAGGCCGAUGUGAAACAAGGAAGAGGAGUACAAACACAGCUGUUGGUGGUUUGUCACCAGAUCCGGGCGCUGCAUAGGGAGUACGUGGUCUUGGAUUAACGUGUCCUUCUUCUCAGCUGAUGCGAACGGCUGCAGUGAAACUCGAUCUCACAUUUAAAGGAAGAGAACACUGGAGGCAGAACAAGAAGGAUGGAUUUAUUCGCUUUAAUGAGUCUGGACGAGCUGUCCCUGCGGAUGUCCCAGCUCUCUAUGUAUCCCCUUUUCGAUAUGGCACAUUACAUUGUCUCAGCAAUGGCACUUAAGGAGCAGCCAGGAGCUGUAGAUGUGGCCUUUCGCAGUCCCUUUGCAUGCUGGUUUAGCUCUAUGCUGUACUGUUUUGGUGGAGCAAUACUUUCAGGCGUGCUUCUCGCAGAGCCUACUUUAGCACCCUUCUCAAACACCAAUAAUGUUGUACUGGCUACAGUUAUAUGGUACUUCGUGUUCUACUGUCCCCAAGACGUCUUCUACAAGUGUGCUGCUUUUUUGCCCCUCAGACUGGUUCUGGCAUCAAUGAAAGAAGUGACCAGAACCUGGAAAGUGCUCGGAGGAGUUACUCAGGCACGAAAACAUUACAACGAAGGAUGGUUUGUGAUGAUUGCUGUUGGCUGGGCCAAAGGAGCUGGGGGAGGGCUGAUGAGUAACUUCGAGCAGCUUGUCAGAGGAGUCUGGAAGCCAGAAACCAAUGAGCUCUUAAAGAUGUCGUAUCCAACCAAAGUCACUCUGAUUGGAGCUGUGCUCUUCACUCUGCAAGAGAGUCAGUAUUUUCCACUGGCCAGACAUCACCUGAUGUUCUUCUACACCAUCUUUGUUGUCAUCAAUAAGGUGAGAAUGAUGCUCAUACACUCCACUGAAUCCCCAUUUGCUCCACUGGAGGCUGUAUUGUAUCACUUGUUUUUUGCAAGGCAGCCUACAGUAACUGAAGCAAAGGGAGCUGCCAAAAGGAAUUCUACAGCUGCCUGCUCAGAUCUGAAGGUCAAAUCAGCCAAGAGCCACAAUGGUUCAGCAGUCCAUGAUACAAAUGGCAACAUUUCAUGUGUUCAUGAAACAAAUGAAAAUAGUACUGAUUCAAAUGACAAUGGUGACACAGUGUCCAUAAAAACGUGCAACAAGAAAACUGAUUAAGACCAAUAAAAUGUCCUGUGUCUUCUUAUUUUUUAAAUCUUUUACAAAACCUUGACGUGAUUUAAUAUAAGCUGAGAUUUAUUUUCUUAUAUGUAAAUAAAACAAUACUUAGGUGUAAAAACAUUGUUUAUAUCAGAAUGCAAGACAUUUUUGAGGUAUUAUGAUGAAAAUUUGUUUAAAAAUAUAACUAUGUUUCUGGGUACUUUUUACUGUGUAGUUUUGUUAAACUAUGAUGGAUAUGAUUUUAUUAUUGAAAAAAGUUUUAUUAUAAUCCAUGCAAGGUUUCAUAUUAUUUCUAAAACAUGAAUCAAGUUUUUCAGAUCUACAGUAUAUGAAUGCU